AUUCAGUGGGUGAAAGGUGAAGAAGACGUGCUGAGGUUCUUUACCCUCAGGCAGCGACAGCUUCAGAUUUUCCUCUGGAAACUUCGACCAUGCUGCAGAACACAGGGAAGUUAGCCGGCUGCACGCUCUUCAUCACCGGAGCGAGUCGAGGCAUCGGUAAAGCCAUCGCGCUGAAAGCUGCCAGAGAUGGAGCCAACAUCGUUAUUGCUGCCAAGACCGCUGAGCCCCACCCCAAACUCCCAGGGACCAUCUACACAGCUGCUGAGGAGGUGGAGGCAGCGGGGGGGAAAGCGUUGCCCUGUAUAGUGGACAUCCGAGAUGAGAAGCAGGUGGGAGACGCUGUUCAGAAAGCUGUGGAGAUGUUUGGAGGUAUCGACAUCCUGGUGAACAACGCCAGCGCCAUCAGUCUGACGGGAACCCUAGAGACGCCAAUGAAGAAGGUGGAUCUGAUGCUGGGAGUCAACAUGAGAGGAACAUACAUGACAUCUAAACUGGUCAUCCCUCACCUGCUGAAGAGUCGCAGCCCUCACAUCCUGAACCUGUCACCGCCGCUCAACCUCAACCCAGUGUGGUUCAAGAACCACACAGCGUACACGAUGGCAAAGUACGGUAUGUCCAUGUGCGUCCUGGGAAUGGCCGAAGAAUUCAGAGGUCAGAUCGCCGUCAACGCCCUGUGGCCCAAAACAGCGAUCCAGACUGCAGCCAUGGACAUGUUGGGGGGGGAGGAGGUUGGUAAACAGUGUCGUACGUCGGACAUCAUGGCAGACGCUGCUUACGCAAUCCUGACCAAACCCAAGGACUACACAGGUCACUUCGUGGUGGACGAGGUCAUCCUGAGAGAGCAGGGCAUCCAAGACUUCGAGCAGUACGCCGUCCAGCCAGGUCACCCUCUGCUGCCAGACUUCUUCCUGGACGAAGCACCAGAGGUGCUGGCCCAACAGAUGGAGCAACAUGGGGCGACCCCAGCCUUCAAAUCCUCGUCUUCGACCCCGCCUCCGUCCAGUGGACCAAUAGAAAGCACGUUUGAUGUCAUCAGAGGAGUCAUCAACGACGACUUGGUCAAGUCCACCCAGGGCAUUUAUCAGUUUGACCUGUCAGGCGAACACGUGGGCGUUUGGUUCCUGGACUUGAAGAGUGGCUCUGGCAGCGCGGGACAGGGCCAGCCGUCAGUCAAAGCUGACGUCACCAUGACGAUGGACUCCAAAGACUUCAGCAAGAUGUUCGCAGGUAAGCUGAAGCCCACGAUGGCCUUCAUGUCCGGAAAACUGCGGAUCAAAGGAGACAUGACGCUGGCCCUCAAACUGGAGAAACUGAUGGGCCGCAUGUCCAAGUCUAAACUGUGAGACCGAAGCCCCGCCCACAGCUCCUAUCAAGCCCCACUACACUAUGUUUGUUUCUCUACAUGUUGCCUUGACGACAGAAAUAAUGUCAUUGAAUGCAAAACGUGAGUCAAGUCUGCGUUAAUAAUAAAGUGUGGUUUAAUUAUUA